GUACUUGCAACCAUCCGUCUCUGCUUGGUACAGCCCCAGUUCAUGUGACGGUGCUCUGGUGUGUGUGGGACCUCGUCGUUGGCGUGCCAGAGGAGGAGAGAGGAGGCAGAUGGAGAUGUGUAUCCUGUGUCACGAGGUGCAGGAGAUCCUACCUGAUGGCACCGCCAUGGUGCUCGCUGCCUUUGUCCAAGGCUCUACAGUCAUGUCCAAGAACCGCAAAAGACCCCCUCACAAUCCAGAGAGCUGUGAUCCCCUCUUCAUGCACCCUGACCUGUCCUUUGGUACCCGUACCGGCAGCUGUGGCCACAUCAUGCACUCUCACUGCUGGCAGAGAUACUUUGAGACACUCCAGAGUCAGGAUGCGCAGUGGCUGCAUGAGCAAACCAGUUACGAUGUAGAGAAUGGGGAGUACCUGUGUCCACUCUGUAAGUGUCGCAGUAACACCGUCAUUCCUCUCCUGCCCCUCACUGAGACCACCUGCAGGUACUCACAUACAAACUUGUGCUUGUGAUUAUUCUAAGUGGAGUUGCUCUGAAUCCGGACCGCUUAAUAUUUUAACCAUUGCAUUGGCGAAUUAGUUGUAGUGGCUCUGUAACCAAUGCAAACUUGCCUAUGAAAUGCCAUGGAAGGGUACAGAAUGACACUGUAACAGUGCAUACCCCAUUCCAUUAUUCCUCUUAUUUAUUUAUAUAUUUUAUAGCAAGGGAAUUGGCUUAGUGUUUAG